GACGUCACUACGUUAAACCAUUGACGCUCUCUCGCCCUCUGCUGCUCCUGGUUGUGGAGUUAGCAAAGCCAUCACUCUUUUCCGUGCAAACCCAGUGAUUUCUUCAGGUCCGCCAUGGCUCUCACACAGGUGUCCUCCAACAAGUGUGCCGGCGGCUUCCAGAAGGUGUUCGAACAUGACAGCACUGAGCUCAAGUGUAAAAUGAAGUUUGCCAUUUAUCUUCCUCCCAAGGCUGAAACAGACAAAUGUCCCGUACUCUACUGGCUUUCUGGCCUGACGUGCACCGAGCAGAACUUCAUCACCAAAGCAGGCAGCCAGCUGGCUGCAGCCGAACACGGCAUCAUCAUCGUGGCGCCGGACACCAGCCCACGUGGCUGCAACAUCGAAGGUGAAGAUGAGAGCUGGGACUUUGGGACAGGAGCUGGUUUCUAUGUCAACGCCACCCAGGAUCCCUGGAAAACCAACUAUCGCAUGUACUCGUACGUCACAGAGGAGCUCCCCAAGCUCAUCAACGCAAACUUCUCCACCGACCCGGACCGGAUGUCCAUCAGCGGGCACUCCAUGGGCGGCCACGGGGCGCUCAUCUGCGCCCUGAAGAAUCCGGGCAAAUACAAGGCCGUGUCUGCGUUCGCCCCCAUCUGUAACCCCGUGCAGUGUCCCUGGGGGCAGAAGGCCUUCACGGGUUACCUGGGAGCCGACCGGUCCGCCUGGGAGGCGUAUGACGCCACCGUGUUGGCAGCUUCCUACUCCGGCCCUCAGCUUGACAUCCUCAUCGACCAGGGUCGAGACGAUCAGUUCCUGUCCGCCAGCCAGCUGCUGCCUGACAACCUGAUCGCCGUCUGCUCAGAGAAGAAAAUCCCCGUCGUCUUCAGACUGCAGCCGGGCUAUGACCACAGCUACUUCUUCAUCUACUCGUUUAUAAACGACCACAUCAAGCAUCACGCCAAGUACCUGAACGCCUGAGCCGCCGCCAUCGGUUCACUGUGACCUGCUGCUCUGACUCAACGCCCCACUGCAAUAAUGUCCUGGAUAAUAAUGUCCGCUCUUGUUUCAUUAGAGCAGAAAGUGUCUAAUGGGAAUUCUUUGGAAUAAAAACUCUCAUUACUCUUUUGCUUUUAA